AUGUCCCGACGGCCCUCCACCGGCGCGGCGCGGCGCUGCGGGGCGUGAGCGCUGAGUGGGCCGAGGAGGGCGAGAAGGUCGAGGCAGGCCACACACGGGGCGGCACGCCACUGCACGGCAUCCGAUGCGUCACCGGGGCGGUGCCGGCGGUGCUGUGUACUGAGUGGCAUGCAGUGACAUGAGGGUCGGCCCGGCAUGUCGGGGUGGUGGAGCUGGCGGAGUCGGCCCCGGGAGCGGCUACGGCGCGUGGCCGGCCAUCCGCGCCUGGCUGCUGUCCGCCCUCGUGGUGCACAGCGCCGUGGCCGGCAACCCGGACGCCAAGCGGCUGUACGACGACCUGCUCUCCAACUACAACAAGCUGGUCAGGCCCGUCGUCAACACCAGCGAUGUGCUGCGCGUCUGCAUCAAGCUCAAGCUGUCGCAGCUCAUCGAUGUGAACUUGAAGAACCAGAUCAUGACGACCAACCUGUGGGUCGAACAGUCGUGGUACGACUACAAGCUGCGCUGGGAGCCCAAAGAGUACGGCGGCGUGCAGAUGCUCCACGUGCCCUCGGACCACAUCUGGAGACCUGACAUCGUGCUGUACAAUAAUGCGGACGGCAACUUUGAGGUGACCUUAGCCACCAAAGCGACAAUCUACCAUGAAGGCCUGGUGGAAUGGAAGCCCCCUGCCAUUUACAAGUCGUCUUGUGAAAUAGACGUAGAGUAUUUCCCCUUUGACGAACAAACGUGCGUUCUCAAGUUCGGUAGUUGGACGUACGAUGGCUUUAAGGUUGACCUCAGGCACAUGGAUGAGAAGACUGGCUCAAAUAUUGUCGAUGUUGGUGUCGACCUGUCUGAGUUUUAUAUGUCGGUAGAGUGGGACAUACUGGAAGUCCCAGCUGUCAGGAAUGAAAAAUUUUACACCUGUUGUGAUGAACCUUACUUAGAUAUAACUUUCAACAUUACAAUGAGAAGGAAGACAUUAUUUUACACAGUUAACAUUAUCAUUCCCUGCAUGGGCAUAUCUUUUCUAACAGUGCUGACUUUUUACCUGCCCUCGGACAGUGGAGAAAAGGUAACACUGUCGAUCUCAAUCCUUAUCUCACUCCACGUGUUUUUUCUCCUGGUUGUCGAGAUUAUUCCCCCCACGUCCCUAGUAGUGCCACUACUAGGGAAGUAUCUCAUUUUUGCUAUGAUCUUAGUAUCUAUAAGUAUAUGUGUGACUGUGGUGGUACUCAACGUACAUUUCCGGUCUCCACAAACGCACAAAAUGGCGCCGUGGGUCAAAAGGGUCUUCAUUCACAUACUGCCCAGGCUGCUGGUGAUGCGCAGGCCGCAAUACCAGUUCGAGGCAAACCGGUGGUUCACGCCGGCCACGGUGAUGCUGCGGUCGCUGCAGGACGACGACUCCUGCUACGGCCCGUUCCAGACGGCGCCCUGCCCCGACGAGAUGCAGCGGCUGCCGCCCACCAACAAGCGCGCCACCGUUCUGGCCGGGCUGGAGGGGCACGAGUCCUCGUCGGACACCUCGCAUCCGAGGACGCCGUCCAAGGAGGACCUGUCGCCACUGAGCCUGCUGGACGGCGGGCCGUUCGGGGGUUCGUGCCUGAUCCACGGGCCGGGCGCCAUCCGGGACCCACCCGACGAGGAGAUGCGGGAGGUGCUGUCGGACCGCGAGGACGCCGCGGGCUGCUGUUCCACCGUGCGGAGCUGCGGGGGCGGCGGCAGCAACCGGCCGUCGUCGCCCGCCGUGGCGCAGCAGGCCCCCGGGCCCCUGCUCGUGCCCGUGCCGCACCGCUUCUCGCACGCCCACUGCCCGCCGCAGGUGCACCGGUCCUGCUUCUGCGUGCGCUUCAUCGCCGAGCACACCAAGAUGCUGGAGGACUCGACCAAGGUGAAGGAGGACUGGAAGUACGUGGCCAUGGUGCUGGACCGACUGUUCCUGUGGAUCUUCACGCUGGCGGUGCUGGUGGGCACGGCGGGCAUCAUCCUGCAGGCGCCGACCCUGUACGACGACCGCAUCCCCAUCGACAAGCGCUUCGCCGACGUGGUGCGGAACGCGACGCCCGUGCGCUGCCCGCCGCCCAACUAACUGUUGUUGUUGAACUUGUUCUUGUUAAGUGUGUGUGUUGCCAUGCGACGGGGGCGGGGCACGCUCUUCCAAAGUGACGCCGUGGCUGGCGUGCCAAUUUCCCCCGCAUUUCCCCUACUUUCCCCGCGGCCGGGGCGCGGCGCAGAGCGCAUUGCUCAAAGUCUCAGGUGGGGCCCGGCCCGCCCUCUGUACAUACGGGGGCCCCGCGUGAGACCCUCCAUUCUGCGCGGCGUCCCCCCUCCUCCCUCUCCGCCCCGCGCCCCCACGCGCCAAUAGUUUCGCCCGCUAGGCCUUAAGGAGACUCCAUGAAUUGAAAUGAACGCCGGCAGCCAAAUGCACUAGACUGGCAGGCCGCGGGAGAGGAGAAUGGAUUUUGCCUGAAAACGUUCGCCGUUCGUUCUCAUAACGCCUUGUAUUCAAAUGCGGCGCGGCGGCGCUGCGGCAGGGGGAGAUUUGCCUCCCCAUGGCGGGGCACGGGGUUGCCUGCUCAAUGUGUGUCUAACGAGUAGACUCCCGGGUAAAUCGAUCAUCUCGAAUCCAGAGUCCGCUGCUGGCUGCCGGCGCCGAGAAGCACAGCGGCCACGUUGUAGGACUACAAGCAUUGAGGCCGCGCUAGCUAAGGCAGCAACCAGUCUUUUCACAAGCUUUCGUUGAUCGGUCUCCAAAAUGCUCAGUUUUGUCUUGGUCCAGUCUGCAUACUCGCGAGCACACCUCAAAGGUGAAACAAUUAGUACUUUGUUUUGAGCACUGCCAAAGUUUGCCACGAGGCAGGCUCGUUGUUUGCGCUCUCAAAACCCAGGCACCGCCACUUAGUUGGCUUUAGGGUCCCCUCGGCCCGGCGAAGGCGGGCAAAGGCGGCGCUGAUUUUCGGCCCAAUAGCAGUAGAAGGCGCGAAGGCAAAGUUUGAGAGCAGCCGUAGGGAACUUCUCGCAAGGCGACUGCUGAAUAUGCAACGAGCUCCUUUCAACAUAUUGCAUGAAAUGUGCAGGCCCGAGUUGCCGCAAGUGUGAAUUUCGCCCCAUGGCUGCGUACAGUAAAGUCUCAAUGCAUCGUGGUGCAAUUUCCCUAGCUCAAUACAUUUAUUUGUACCAUAAACAUUUUUUCAAACGCCCCGUUUUGUACUGUGUAUAUAUUAAAUUGAAACGGCAUAUAAGUGUUAAUGUGUUAGUUGUUAAUUUUAUUUUUGUAGUGGCAAGCUUCAUGUAGGGUUACUUUCUGGGGUUUAAACGGUGCGGUUUAAUAUUUGUUAUUGUUGUUUGUAUUAAAUUACCACUUCUAAAUUACGCAAUCUCUAAACCAUCACUGCCGACAGGGAGUGCUGUUACUCCUCCUGGUGGACUAAGCUCAUGCAGUUGAUUCCCGCGACAGACAGGACUACGACACGUCCCGAGAGCGUCCGCAGGGACUUGAUUAAAUGGGACCAAAUAAACGUCAAGCUGGACGCCAUCAACACGUAAAUUAAACGCAAAACUUGGCCUCCUCGCGGCGCGCCUCACGGCGAGCCCCACCCCCCCGGCCGCCCGAGGUGGCCAGUGUCUAAACUUUGCCCACCAAACCCUGACUACCCCGUUCGAAUCAGUAUUCGAAUCGAAGCGAUGCCACUGUCGGGUCAUACCAAUGGCUGACUGUUCUUGUUUUGUUGAUCGUUAGCCCCAGUCGGAUGGUGCCGCACGUCCCACGGACCGACUAAGCGUCAUAUUCUACAUGCAGCACCCAACGCGCUUCCCGGCCUCUGGCUGGCCUCUGGCCCCGGCUGGCCCCGGCUAGCCCCGGCCUCUCGGGAAGCGCGGCUGCGCCACGUAGGGUAGUAAACAUAGACUAGAAAAACUAUUCGACAAUGUCAGCCAGUCCCAUUCGCAUCUCUGUGCUCGCUGUCUCUCUUCCUUUUCUUGGGGCCUAAGUGUUAAGCUUUACAAGUGAUCGCUCAAUUUUUUUAACGCCUGUUAUCCCUGCUUUCCUGCUUUGAACUCUCUCUAUCCUUCUCGCUUUGGGCAUCGUGCUGUCGUGCUUUCCGUUUCAAUGUGGUUAGUUGUGCCGAAAUUUCACGGAGAUUUUGUUUGCAUUGGACUAGAAUUUCAUCGGAUGUAGACGAAUCGGACGCACUCGUGUGUGACUGCUUCGCUUGGUUUGUAAAAUAAUGCGUGUACAUAGUAAACUAAACAUGUAAAAGUCAAUGUUGAAAAUAAAUGUUCUAAUAGGUCUAGAACUACUAGCAAUCCUUAGAAUGUUAAAAAAAACAUACUAACUAAUCUUACCUAAAAUAACCAAGUGUUAGCUCUGGAAAUGUUACCACAUUUUUUUGUUUUUGUUUUGUUUUUAAAUGUAGAAAUUAAGCUGCAGGAAAACAAAUCUGUGCCUUUAAAUUGGUUUCUGAUAUGGACCACGACUUAAGCUCUUUAUCUGUCUCUCUCCCUCUUUCUCUCUUUUUUAAAAUUUAUUUUCAAGAUGGACCUUUUCUUUGUGUUUACGCGCAGAACGAACUGAAACUUGUGCCGAACGAUUACAAACCGGCUGCAUUCGGCAAGUGUCAUAUAUUUUUGCAUAAUGUGCUGUACUAUACGAAUCUUUCAAUGGCUCUGUCUCCAACUUGUCCUGUUCUUCCCCGGACCAUGAUCGACAAAAUCCCUUCAUAAAACUUCAUACAUCACUCUCUCUCCUUCUUUCUUGAACCAUUUCCAGAAAGGGUAUCGAAAAGAGAAUUUCGUUGCCAUGUGAUAACUGAUGCUUUUAUUGUAUGAUUCUUUAAGGUGCGUUUGUGAGGGGUGAACUGAAAUGGUAAACUCGAUGUGUACCACUGGACGCAUACCGUUGGGACAAGGUUUUGAGUCCAAUGAUAAUUUAUUGUACUGUAAACAAAAGGAUUUUUAAGUGGCAGCAAUACUGAUAAAUGCUCCUCAGUCGUGAGGUAACAUGACCAUUUACAAAGAAAUUGUUAAUUCUUCCGUAAUUAUAUGAUUUGGUACGCUUGAGCGUGGUUAAGGCAUGUCGACACACGUGUCAUCGAAGCUGUACUUUAGAAUAGGAAAUGUUCGCAGUGUUUCGUGCUAACAUUGUUGGUAAUGUAGUAAAGCCGUCCCCAUAUUUUGUAAAAAAAAAAAGAAAAAGAAACGAAA